AUGGCUCACGCUCGCGUUACCACCCGCAUUCGCCUGCAGCACCACCCUCUCUUCAGCGAGCCGCCAGCACCUCGUGCCUUCGCAGCCGCCGUCCUUGCUGCUGCCAUUGCUCUCCUGGCCGCCGCCGCUGCCGCCGGUGUGACUGUACGGGGGGCGCCGUUAGCGAAGCCGGCGUGUGUGAACGAGUUUCCGAGCGAGCCGCUGUGCAGGUUCGUGGAUGACCUGGCAGCCGCCCCGCGCGUGGAGGUGGACGCGUCCACGGGGAGGACGAUCCGCAUCGGCGCGUAUCAGAUCUACCAGAAGCUGCACCGCGACCUGCCGCCCACGAAGCUGUACGCCUAUGGGCCCAACGAGCGCACUGCUCACUACCCUGGCCCCACGCUCGUGGCCCGACGGGGGAUCGCCACCAAGGUGCGGUGGAAGAACCACCUGAGGGACAGGGCGCACAUGUUUGCAGUGGACUACACCCUCAUGGACGUUGCUCACCCCAAGCGCGGCAGCAUCCCCAUUGGCAUGGCGGCGGCCACCCUGUGGUACCACGACCACGCCGUCGGCAUCACCUGGCUCAACGUGGCUGCUGGCAUGGCGGGGCUGUAUGUUCUCACUGACCCAAAGGGCGUGGAGAGGAAGCUUCGCACGCAGCUUCCUGGGGCGGAGUUCACGGUGCCGCUGGCGAUCUCGGACCGCUCGUUCUUUGCCAACGGGUCCAUUGACUAUCCCUCUGGGGGCUGGGAGCCCGAGUAUCUUGGGAAUACCAUCCUCGUCAGUGGCCUGGUGUGGCCAUUCCUAGCAGUGAGGCGCGCGCGGUACCGCUUCCGAGUGCUGGGGGCGGCCAGCAGUCGCUUCUUCAACCUGCGCUUCGUGUGCGCCGCCCCCUCCAACUACCCCGACUUCACCCUGCCCAUCACAGGGGAUGUGCUGCCCAUCGUGCAGAUCGGCACGGACGGCGGCUACCUGCCCCGUCCCGUGAUCCGCUCCUCGCUGCUACUCGCCCCGGGGGAGCGCCACGACAUUCUAGUCGACUUCGCCUCUCUCCCCGCCUCCUGUGCUGACGUCAUUCUCACCAACAAACGGGGCAGCAACGACACGGGCGUGGUGAUGCGCUUCAUUGUGGAUAGCAUGGGUGCUGUUGUGCCGUCGCCUCCUGUCCCCAAGAAGCUUGUUUCCCUUCCCAAGCUGCACCUCUCGUGUGUGAGCAAGGAGAGGUGGAUGACAGCCGUGCGGGUGAAUUCGAGCAUCACCUUCGAUGGCCACGGCUUCAGUUACGCCCCCACUGAGACUCCCAAGCGGCUGCUUCACAGGGGAGGGGAGCAGCGUGCGUGUGAGAUUCUCGUCCCCGUCCUGCCUUCCUCUGAUUUCAGAGGUGCUGCUUACAACGCUUUCUCUAUUGGGACAGAGCACGAGGACAACGACAUGAUGCGCCCCCUCAUUGCCACGUAG